AGGAAUAAUGGAUUGGCAGGCGAUUGAUCCAGGCCAAGACCUCAGAGUGGCUGCAGCCCAUGAUAAGAAAGUAACUGUGUUACUUUCAUUCGUUUCACGUUUUAUGUUGCAAAAAUAUAUGCUACUGAGAAGAACAGUUUGCAAUGUUCAAACUAUAUUAUUCAUUUUACUUUUAAACUUAAACACUACGUAAACCGUGUAAGGUUGAAUGGUGCUUGAAGAAAUCAAAUAAAUCAUUUACACAGAUCAGUUUUAAAAGGUGUGUGAAAUUCUUAAAUCGCAAUCCAAAUUAUUAUCAGCACUGUUGAAAAGCAAGUCAAGGAAUUGAACAUUUACGUCGAUCAUCUAGGCGAGGAGAUUUAUUCUUAUCAUCACCCGGUAUACAUACAGGUCGUAUUUUUACAGUAACCCUCGAAGGAUCCUCCCCUUCAACAAUACAGCUUCCCUGAUAGUGAUGUAAGCUGAUCAUGAUUUAGUUCAAUUUUAGACACCAUCUUAAGCAGACGUGAAUUUGCACCACGCUCGAACAACAUGUGGCAGUUCAUAAGGGUACGAAUAUUAACGGUGAUACUCUUCGCAGCAGCUGCUCAUGGAAUACUGGUUGUGGGUCCAAAAUUCAUUCGGGCCAACCAGAACUAUACGGUUAUGAUCAGUAAUUUUAACACCAAUCUCAACAAGGUGAACCUGAUGCUACGAAUCGAAGGACACACGCGGGAUGGUCAAAAUGUUCUUAACAUAACGAAGUCGGUUGACGUUCGGAAACAAAUGAACAGAGUGAUCAACUGCAAUAUGCCUAAAGACUUAUCAACUGGAUAUUACAAAAUUACCAUUGACGGACACCGUGGAUUUAGCUUUCACAAGGAAGUCGAUUUGGUGUACCUCAGCAAAACCGUAUCAGGAUUAAUACAGAUCGAUAAGCCCGUGUUCAAACCAGGCGAUACGGUUCAAUUUCGUGUAAUAGUGCUAGACACUGAGCUGAAACCUUCUACACGGAUCAAAACAGUACAAGUCAUGAUCCGCGAUCCUCAAAACAAUGUGGUGCGGCAGUGGUCCUCGGCAAGAUUGUACGCCGGAGUGUUUGAGAAUAACCUUCAAAUCGCGCCAACUCCAAUGCUCGGUAUAUGGAACAUCUCGGUAUUGGUCGACGGAGAAGUACUCGUGUCCAAGACAUUCGAGGUGAAGGAGUAUGUGUUGUCCUCGUUUGACGUAGAGGUGGUACCAACCGUUAUUCCUCUGGAGGAGCACCAAAGUUUGAGUCUGACGAUAGCAGCCCACUAUCACUUUGGAAAACCAGUGAAAGGGCAUGUCAAGGUGGAGCUGUACUUGGAGGACGAUAAGCGAGAUCAGGUGAAAGAGUUCGAAAUGUCCGGGAUGGGACAGGUCACGUUCCGUUUCAAUGAAGAACUAGAAUUGUUUCACGAUCAACAAGAUGUGACUGUAAAGACGACCUUCAACGAGCAGUUUACGGGGCGAACUGCGAUGAAAGAGCAAAAAAUUUCCGUUUACCGACAUUUGUACCGCGCAACGAUGGAAAAGGAUAGUGCACUGUUUUGUGCUGGUAUUAUUUUCAAGUGCAAACUGAAGUUAACCUAUCACGAUGGCUUACCAGUCAAGAAUGUUCCUAUGUUGGUGAUAGUAGAAGGAGAGGACGUCGACAACGAAAAAGUGUAUGUAACCGAUAGCAAAGGUGCAAUCAAGCUAGAGAUGCGUCCAACGGAGGCGACCCAGGAAAUGACAAUAAGAUUGGAAGACAACACAAGCCAGUUCUCAUUUCACGAAGUAAUUAAAAAAGCCGCAACAGACACGUUCAUAAAACUAAACCUGGUCUCAUCAGUUAAAAUAAACCAACCGAUCAGAAUGUUGGUGACGUGCAACACAAAGAUGACAUUUUACUACUACUAUGUAGUGUCCAAGGGCACCAUCUUGUACGGAAACAUUAAGCGAGUAAGUGGACUUACCAAAGAUUACUUAACGAUUGAUGCAACCGAAGGAAUGUUGCCGAAAGCGACAAUUUUGGUUGCUACCAUAACCAACGCCAUGAUGGUAACCGACACGUUUGAAGUGGAUUUAAAUCAGUUAAGCAACAAACUGGAAAUAAGAAUGGAGAACACAGCGGUUAAACCAGGUCACGAGAUCGAACUUCAGCUGUAUGGACGACCGAAUGCGCAUGUUUGGCUCGCUGCGUAUGAUAAAGGUCUACUUCAAUUCAACAACAAGCAUGACCUAUUUUGGAAGGAUGUGAUCGAAGCGUUUGACAACUUCCAUGCCGUCAAAGAGGAUGAAUAUGAUGUUUUUCAUAGUAUAGGCUUGUUCGCCAAAAUGUCUGGAGAAGCUCGGAUAGAAACGACAAACACUGCAUCUAUGCGCUUUGGAGGUAAUUAUAUGAAACCUACGUCAACGAUGGUUCCGUAUCGCACAAACUUCCAAGAAUCGUGGUUAUGGCAGAAUGUGACCAUUGGAACAUCUGGAAAGCGCAACAUGAUCGAAAUGGUGCCAGAUUCGACCACAUCCUGGUAUUUGACGGGAUUCUCGAUUGAUCCAGUGUACGGUUUGGGAAUCAUCAAAAAGCCCAUCCAGUUCACAACGAUCCAACCGUUUUACAUUGUGGAUAGUCUUCCGUACUCCAUUAAACGAGGUGAAGUGAUCGCGUUACAGUUUACACUGUUUAACAAUCUUGAAAGAGAGUAUACCGCUGAUGUGACGCUUUACAGUGUGGCUAAUCAGACGGAAUUCAUUGGACAACCUGUGGAAGAUAUCAGCUACACCAAAUCCGUAAGCGUUCCUCCGAGGGUUGGUGUACCGAUCUCAUUUCUGGCGAAAGCGCGAAAGCUCGGAGAGAUGGCGGUACGCGUGAAGACAACGAUCAAAGCCAGAAUCGGACAAGAAUCGGACGCACUGGAAAAAGUGAUCCGAGUCAUGCCAGAAAGUUUGGUACAGAAUAAGAUGGAAUCUCGGUUCUUCGCUUUCAAUACACACACCAGUCAAACCUUUCCCAUUAAUUUAGACUUAGACAAAAAAGCCGAGCAUGGUUCGAAAAAGCUUAGGUUUCGGCUGAAUCCCAGUUUGCUCACAACUGUUAUCAACAACUUGGGAAAUCUGCUAGACAUUCCAUCUGGUAGUGGGGAACAGAAUAUGAUUCACUUUGUACCAAACAUUGUUGUUCUCGACUAUUUACAUGCUAUUGGUUCGAAGGAACAGAAUCUCAUCGAUAAAGCUACCAGUUUGUUACGCCAAGGGUACCAAAAUCAGAUGCGUUAUCGUCAGACAGAUGGAUCAUUUGGUGUGUGGCAAAAUAAAGGUGGCAGCGUCUUCCUUACCGCUUUCGUCGCAAAAUCGAUGCAAACUGCGUCGAAAUAUAUAACCGAAGUUGAUGUAGCGAUGGUCGAAAAGACAUAUGAUUGGCUUGCUUCGAAGCAACACAGCUCGGGAAGAUUCGAUGAGGUUGGUGCUGUGAUUCAUCAAGAAAUGCAAGGCGGUCUACGAAAUGGCAUUGCACUGACAUCGUACGUGUUGACAGCGCUUCUAGAGAACGAGAAAGCUAAAGAAAAGCACGCGGCAGUGAUCCAAAAGGCAAUGAGUUAUCUAAGUUCGAACUUGGAAGACAUCCAAAACCCUUACGAUCUGUCCAUUGCGACCUACACAUUGAUGUUGUACGGACAUGAAAAGAAGACUACAACAUUAGACAAGCUCAUCGGUCUUUCUACUCCCAGAAAUGACGGUAACGAUUUGGAACGGUACUGGAACUCGACCAACAGCAUAGAGACGACCGCAUAUGCGUUGUUGUCAUUUGUAUUAGCGGGGAAAUAUGAGGACGGUAUUCCAGUGAUGCGAUGGCUAGUGAAUCAACGCUAUGUUACCGGAAGCUUCCCACGCACUCAGGACACCUUCGUAGGGCUGAAGGCACUGACAAAGUUGGCGGAAAAAAUUUCUCCCUUGCGGAACGACUACACCAUACAGCUGAAUUUUAAACAUCGUAUGUCAACAAAAUUGCCAACCAAACAUUUUCGUAUAAGCUCGCCAGACAUCAAUAUUACCGACUUCGAGGACAUACCGCAGGAGACAAAGUCUCUGGAGAUCACUGUUGGAGGAAUCGGAUUCGGAUUGUUGCAGGUGAUCUAUCAGUACAGUUUAAAUCUCGUGGACUUUGCGCACCGAUUUCACCUGACGGUAACGAAACUGAGUUCUGACUACGAGCUGCGGCUGAAGGUAUGUACAAGCUUCAUUCCAGAAUUGACGGAUCAGCGUUCGAACUUGGCGCAUAUUGAGGUUGCUUUCCCUAGUGGAUACGUUGUCGAUCAGAAUCCGAUCAGCGAGCAGACUUCCUUCAAUCCGAUACAGCACACUGACAUUAGGUACGGCGGCACAUCCGUUGUUGUGUAUUACAACAACAUGGGUACCGAACGGAACUGCUUCACCGUGACGGCUUACAGACGGUUUAGAGUGGCCCUGAAGCGUCCAGCAUAUGUGGUUGUGUACGAUUCGGUCAAUGAAAAUUGGAAUGCCAUUAAGUUGUACGAAGUGGAUAAACAGGAGGUUUGCGACAUAUGCGACGAAACCGAUUGUUCCAAGUACUGUAAAAAAAGAUGAACCUUACUGUUUCAAACUUAAAACGAACUACAAAAAGAAUGUAACGUCUAUGGUAAACCAAGAAGUAAUGUUGAAGUUGAUAGUUUGGGGUAUGUGUGACCUUAAUAAAACCUACGAGAACUAAAUUAAACUAAAUUAUUGACACAACGAUACUUCGAUACAAGUGUGAAUAAAAGGUAUCUACGCCUGAUUAGUCAAUUGGAA